AGCUGGAGGGUCCUACUUCAUGAUCUCUCGUUCUCUGGGUCCGGAGUUUGGGGGAGCUGUGGGACUGUGCUUCUACCUGGGGACGACCUUUGCUGGUGCCAUGUAUAUCCUGGGAGCCAUUGAGAUCUUCCUGAUGUACAUCUCGCCCUCGGCAGCCAUAUUCCAGGGGCAGGACGAGGCCAGCCAGGGCGUGGCCAUGCUGAACAACAUGCGUGUGUACGGCUCCAUCUUCCUGCUGCUCAUGUCCCUGCUGGUCUUCGUGGGCGUCAAGUACGUCAACAAGCUGGCCUCCGUGUUCCUGGCCUGCGUCAUCCUGUCGGUCCUGUCCAUCUACACCGGCGCCUUCGUUUCCGCCUUCCAGCCUCCCAGCUUCCCGUAAGCCCUCGGCCCGUCUCGCUGCCUGUCU